UAUUGUGAGUGAAUAUAUAUGUUCACACGGACUUAAGUUAUCUUAAUAGCAUUUGCCUGUUUCGUUCGGAUUUUCAUUUAAAAAGCAAAAAUAUCUCAUCAUUGAGUAUAUAAUUUGACAAUUGAUCUGUGAAAAUGGCCACGAACCGUCAAGACAAUGUUCAAUGCCUGGAGACGUCAAUGGAAAAUAAAGAAAAUAAAUGUCAUCCGAUGAAAGGACCAAUAUUCUGUGAACCCUGCCAGUAUGAUGAAUCAUUUGAAGAAGUAACGGGAUUUUGUGUGACAUGUUCCGAGUAUUUGUGUCAGACCUGUUGUCGCGAUCACAAAAGAAACAAAGUAACAAGAAUACACUCGCUAUUAAAGAAUGCUGAAAUUCCUGCGGACAUAACGCCGUUCACGACCAUAAAGCAACUAUCGACCUGCAAAAUUCAUCCUGAUAAUGACAUCGCAUACGAAUGCGAAGACCAUGAAGCCUUGGUUUGCGUAUUCUGUCUCACGGAAAACCAUCGAAAAUGCGAAAAUGUCCAUGAUUUAGGAGAUGUUAUUUCUGCGGAUUCAGAUGUUAACCUUAUGGCUGCACUUCAAGAAAGAAUACAUGUGUUAAAAGCACAAAAAGAAGAGCAAAGGAAGACAAGCGAAAUGGAGCAAGAAGCGAUAAAAAACAACAUUCAAAGCCUGGAUGUCAAAUGGAAGGAUCAUAUAACUAGCUUGAGAAAAGACCUUGAGACACAAUUAAGCAAACUUUCGCUCUCAGGGACAACGCAGUGGAAAGAAUCGAUUGAUGACUGUCAUGAAAUCGAGACUGAAAUAACAAGAAACAAAAUGUUGAUAGAAACACUUAUGAAACACGGAACUAAACGACAAAUAACUGUUGUUCUGCGACAAACCAAACAUGCACGCGCUGAUCUUAAAGAGAAACUGCAAUCACUGGAAUGUAAGCGUCAGCGAAAUAUCGCGCUCAUUAACGUGAAACAAUUUGAUAUGUUAACAGCUAUAGCAGAGCUAUCUUUAGAAGAGAAGGACAAAGAUAAUAUUGAUAUCUUGGAACACACAAGCGAUGAAAUGCAUGACAAUGAAGAAUGUGAAAACAAACUUCCGGAGAAGAUUGAUAAAUCGAUACAGACUACUUCUCCUGUCUCGACAUCUGAUGCAAAACAAGUGCCAUCAAAACCGUUAUCAGAGAGAGAUAGCGGACAAAUUAUAACGCUUGUAAAUGUCAAAACAGCCACAGACAGGAAUAUUUGCAGUAUUUUUGGAGUUAACUUGCCUCACUAUGGAAUUCUGUUAGCUGAUUUUGGCAACAGUAAACUCAAACUUUUCAGCGAUAAAUUCGAUUUAAUUUCCGAACAAUCGCUACCAGGAAAGCCGAUUGAUAUGACUUUUGAUGGAGAGUAUGCUUAUGUUUGCUAUUCAGACCUGAAGAAAGUCACCAAACAUAGCAUAAACAAAACCUCGAUAGGGGGUUUAAUGGAAUUUUCAACCAGACUACGACCGAUAAGUCUGACUGUGUUUGACACCCGACUGAUAAUUUUGUUUGCGACCAAUGAGAAUUUUGACAGUACGGAAGUUGAUGAUGUACAUUUAGAAAUCCGAAAAGGAAGUUCCAUAGAUGCCACAAUCUCCUACGAUUCCGACGACGAAUGUUAUAACUAUGUAGAAGACGCAAAGCAAGUCUCUGUUUUCGAUGAGUCAUCAGUAGUUUUUUCGGAAAACACACGAGUUACAUGCUAUACAAUCGAUGCACAAGAUGGUGAACUCCUAGAUCGAAAAUGGUAUUACAAAUCGCAUAAUAAUAAGGUUCUCAAAAAAGCAAAAGGGGUCGCGAAAGACAGUGAAGGGAAUAUUUAUGUUUGCGGUGAAGAUUCCAACAACGUUCAUCAGACAUCAUCUACAAAUUACAGACGUAACCGUGUGGUUAUCUCGAACAUCGAUAAACCCAUUUGUGUCGCCGUGGAUGAGGCAAACGAUAGACUUAUAAUCGGAUGUCGCAGUCAUAACUAUCUACAUGUAUACUCUUUCAAAUAGAUAACAUGUCGAACCAAAGUAGCAUGCACUAGAACAAUGUCACUCCGCUUGUUUGUAAACAGUUUAGUUUGAAACAAUAUUGCUUAAUUGUUAAUA